UUUGAAGUAUAUAUAUCAUGCUCUAUCAGAUGAAGUAUGAUUUAUGCCUUCAAUCAAGAAGGGAUAUACUCAUGGUACCAGUAAGCUGGUACUCGCGUUCCUGAAAUUAUAUUCCUCAAUGGACUAAGGGAGGUCAGACACCAAUAUGCCCUCGUUGCACGAUGAAUACCCUCCGGCAUCCGGCCUGCGGGAAAUGAUGGCCCAGAAGCCCUUGCCAGUCAUUCCUCCAGGUACUGUACACGAUGCCUUUACGCCCGGCGAAGAGUCAAUCAAGCAGGCACUCGUGGUGCUAGAGAAAUUCAACGCUGCUGUGGUAGAAAGUGAUGCCAAGGAGCUGAGAGACUGCUUUUUCCCGAGUCAGGCGUACUGGAAAGAUGUGUUGGCGCUGACAUACCAUCUGCGAACCUUCACCACUGUGGAAGCUAUUGUUCCAGCUUUUCUGGAGACUAAGGAUUUGAGGGGUAUUGAUGGCGAGAUGAAGCUCGUGGAAGCCCACCUUAUACCUGCGAGUCUUCAAUUCAUUGAUUGUCGGAUAAACUUUAGAACUAAGUCGCCGGCUGCUUCCUGCAGCGGGAGGCUUUUGCUUCUACCUAUCAAGAGAGAGGAGACCCAGGAAAUCGAAUGGAAAAUCUGGAUACUGAGCACGAUAUUGGAAAAUCUUGAUCUGCAUCCGGAAAAUGAAAGCCUGCUCCAGUUACCUAGCAGAGAUCUGCAGGGUCUCGAAUACAUAGAAACAGAUGUUUUUAUCAUUGGGGGUGGGAACUCCGCCGCUGCUCUCACUGCCCGUCUCAAAGCGUUGGGUGUUGAGAGCAUUAUGGCCGAUCGUAAUGGCGAACCCGGUGACAACUGGGCUCGUCGCUAUGAUAGCAUGCGAUUCCACGUUCCAACGUCCUUUUGCGAGAUGCCGUACAUGUGCUACCAGAAGGGUCCUGACACUCCACACUUACUCACUCGGAACGAGUUGGCCGAGCACCUACGGCGAUAUAUAGACUCGUACAAUCUUAAUAUUAUCACAUCUGCUGAGAUCCAGUCGACACAAUAUAAUCAACUGACCAAGCAGUGGACUGUUCAACUCCAGACCCCUAGUGGGAAACGUACAGUUAUCUGCAAACAUCUUGUCCAGGCAACCGGCAUCGCAUCGCAGAAACCUUAUAUACCGGAGCUCGAUAAUAGCAAUCCCUAUGAGGGCAUCAAUAUCCAUUCAAACGAGUAUCAGAAUGCCAGCAAGCUCCGAGAGCAAGGGGCAAAGUCCGUCCUGGUGAUUGGAUCGGCCAACACGGCAUUUGAUGUGCUUAGGGACUGUCACUUGGCUGGGUUUAAAGCCACUAUGGUUGCCCGCAGUCGGACUUACAUUGUACCUGUUGAGUAUGUCUGUGACAAGAAUAGCCUGGGACUUUAUGAUUUUGGUGUCGAUACAGCCGAUAGGUUUUUCUUCACAUUACCAAUUGCCGUGGAGAGCCAGUUUGGGCGUGAUCUAUUUGCGAUGUUUGCUUCCAAGGAGCCUAACCGAUAUGAUGCUCUGGCGAAAGCUGGUUUUCCUGUUAUUGAUAGUCGAGAUCCUGAUUCGUUUUUGAUGCAUCACUUGGUCGAGCGAGCAGGUGGACAUUACAUGGAUGUCGGCGAUACUAAGCUUAUAGCAGAAGGAAAGGCUAACGUAAAGGCUGGCGUGGAGCCCGUUGCCUAUACAAAGACAGGUCUACUCUUCUCUGAUGGCAGCACUGUCGAUGCGGAUGCCAUUAUCUGGUGUACCGGAUUCGCAGACAGGGACGCUCGUUCUACGGCUGCUCAGAUUCUGGGGGGUGGUAACUCUGUUUACGAGAAGGACCUGCUGGGUCCUCAAGAGAUUGCGGCCCGUCUAGAUGCUACGUGGGGUAUUGACUCUGAGGGUGAAAUUCGAGGCAUGUGGAAGCGUCAUCUGCGCAUUGACAACUAUUGGAUCAUGGGUGGUUACACGCAGCAACAUCGAUGGCAUUCCCGAACGCUGGCAUUGCAAAUAAAAGCCGCGCUUGAGGGUGUAUUGCCACCGCCAUAUCGGGAAGUUCCAGUGCAAGGUGCGUAGAAUUCGAAGGUGCACUUUCUUCGAGGGAUAGCUAUUAGAGAUUUAGGAUUCUUCACCAAUAAACAAUCUGGCGAACAAUGUAAGAGAGAUAUAUUGUUGCACGUAGAUGCAUCUUCUCGGCUCCGAUGUAUCUCAGUGGUGUUCCCCGUCAGUUC